GAGUCCUGUUUAUAUGCUCUGCCAUAAAUGUCACUCAUGGAGAAGAGAUGGACUCUUUUACAGUGAUAUAAAUGUUUAUGAUCAUAAUGACAUUUUGAUUAGGUGAUAUUGCGCAUACGAAGGCAUUUAAAUAAGAUAGCCUACGUGUUGUUUCCGACACAGAAGACGGUUACUAUAGACAGAGCAGCAGAGAAGAGCACCUGUGAUAUGGGAUUUCAUGUCUUUUUCUAUGUACCCAAUGUAAUCGGUUAUAUCCGGAUUCUUCUUGUUCUCAUUGCCUGGAUUCUGUAUAGUGACCCAGGAAGUUUUGUACCCUUGUAUGUGUUAUCAAUUAUAUUGGAUGGGGUGGAUGGCUGGGCGGCACGUCGCCUGCAGCAGACCUCCAGGUUCGGAGCGUGGCUGGAUGUGGUCAUCGACAACCUAGGACGUGGCAUGCUCUGGAACAUGCUUUAUGAUUGGGGCUGGCUGGUGUCUUCAGUGGAGUGGUGUGUAUUUGUGUGCAACCAUAAUGCCAGAGGUGCCCAAUGGAAGAACUCUUUCACGGAGAGCCCGGGUUGGGUGCGGGCAGUGAUGGCAAAAGGCUUUAAGACUCCUUUGGGCAUUCUGACAAUAGCAGGGCUCCAUGUUUUACCCGUGUGGCUGUAUGGCUACCAGCAUGAGGUGCUGUCGCAGACUCUCUAUGCCUCAAACUGGCUACAGAUUCUGGGGAUUCUGGUGCUGGCAGCAGGACGCUUGCUGGGCUUUGCAGUUGAGAUGUGGUGCAUUAUAACCCAUUUGAGAUUCUUAGUGGAUGAAGAGGAAGAAAAGAAGUACUAGGGAUCUCUAAAGGGUCAUUUAGGAUGUUGUAAGGGUUUAAGAUUGAAAUUUGUAUUUUAUGACACUUCUGGUCUAAUAAGCAUCUAAAAAAAACCAUUGUUUUUUUGUUUGUUGAAUGUAACUUAUGGAAAAGAUA